CUAUUAUUUGCAUGAGUAAACAGUUUGUUACCCAAAUACGGAGUAAUUUGAAACUUAUGAUGGUUUACGAAAUCAAACUGAAGUUUAAGUUUAGUUUAAAGAAAAGUAAAAGCACGAUAGGUACGAAGUAUUUUUAAUAGUUAUUGCUGAGCUUAGCAACUGAGAUCAUCAACUAGAGUCUUUUAGCUGAGCUAUACAGAGAAUAAUGGCUUCAAAUAAAAGUGAAGGAGGAUACAAAUUUCCCUACGAUAUAGUUCCUAUUGAUCCUGAUAUAAACGUUGAGCUUCUUAAAUUUUUCCAUGGUGAACGUGAUGGAUUUGUUCAAGUUGGACCAAAAAAAUACUUCUUUCCACAAAAAUUCAAGGACUCUGCAGAAGCCUUUUAUAAUUUUAAAGCUCGACAAAGUGAUGUGUGGGUUGUUAGUUUUCCCAGAUCGGGAACAACUUGGACUCAGGAAAUGGUUUGGUUGAUUGCAAAUGAUUUGAACUUCAAAAAAGCUCGAGAUCAGUUUUUAACAAAAAGAUUUCCAUUUUUUGAAUUUUCCAACUUUAUGCAUCCCCAAGUGAAAGGUGAACUUUUAAGUGAAAAUGCUGAUAAUCCGGAAAAACAGAAAUUUAUCGAAGAAAUAUCUCAGCCAGGUUAUGAGUUUUUGAAAAAUGUAUCAGAGCAAAGAUUUAUUAAAAGUCAUUUACCCUUUUCACUUCUUCCGCCAUCUGUUAUGAAGGAAGAGUCUAAGGUAAUUUACGUUGCUCGAAACCCAAAGAACGUAGCUGUUUCCUUCUACCAUCUUAACAGACUCUACAAAACUCAAGGAUAUGUUGGAGACUUUGAACGUUAUUGGCAAUAUUUUGAAAAUGGAUUAAAUCCAUGGAUGCCAUAUUGGAGUCACAUUAAAGAAGGAUGGGAUCAUCGCCAUCAUUCGAAUGUUUUGUUUUUAUUUUAUGAAAAUAUGGUAAAAAAUUUAAAAACAACUUUAGUUGAGUUAUCAGAGUUUUUGGGAAAAGAACUAACAAGUGAAGAUUUAGAAAACCUAAUGAAUCAUUUGAAUGUUUCAAAUUUUAAACAAAAUCCAGCUGUGAAUGGAGAAGAAAUGAGUGAUAUUGGAAUAUUUAAUAUGGGUGAAGCUGGAUUUGUAAGAAAUGGACAAGCUAUCGAUGGAUGGCAAGCAGAAUAUAGUGAUAAAUUGAAAACUAGAGCUGAAAAGUGGAUAAAAGAAAAUAUGGAAAAGACAGGAAUAUCAUUUCCAGAAUGAAAUAACUGUGAAAUAACUUAUAGUUUUUAAUUUGUGGUUGUUCUUGUUAUUGUUUAAAAAAUAAAUUAAAUGUUUUGUUUUACAAA